UUUAAUAAUUAUAUUUAAGAAAAAAAUUGUACUAAAUCAUGUGUAUAAUAAUUUUGAUUGACAUGUCGAGAAUAACACUUUUUUUCCGCUGGCUGCAAAAAACCGUUAGUUUCGUGUAUAUACAAUAGGCGUGUAAUAAUGAUUGAACGAAAAAGCGGCCUCGAAAUGGGUAUAAAAACCCGAUGUAGAAUCCAAAAGAGCAUCACAACUCGUAAUCUGUCCACAUCAGAAAGAUCAGCAAACCAUCAAAAUCCAAAAUGAAAUUCAUCAUUGUCGCUUGCGUCUGCUUGGCCGUAGCUGUACAGGCUCAUAUAUUGACCGAAGAACAAAUGGAGAAGUUGAAGACCUACAAGAUGGAAUGCAUUACUUCGUCCGGUGUCGAUGUUGAAGUCGUGGAGAAAUCGAAGAAGGGUGAAUUCGCCGAAGAUCCUAAAUUGAAGGAGUUCCUGUUCUGCGUGGCCAAGAAGGUCGGUUUCUUGAACGAGGAUGGUGAUUAUCAAGUGGAUGUUAUGAAGGCAAAGAUCACUGCAAAGCAUGGACAAGAAGCUGCUGAUAAUGUCGUCGUUGCUUGCACAGAAAAGAAAGAAGCUUCCGGUGCAGAAACCAGCUACGCUUUGGCCAAAUGCUUCUACGAGAAGUCCAAGGAACAUAUCCCAUUGGCUUAAGCGGUCAAAAUAUUUUUAACUUAA